UUAGGGAAUACGGCACAUAUGCAAGUGGCGAGCCAGCGACGCCGUCCGCAACUGUGUCAUUAGUAUUGUUGCGCUGGGAUUCGAUGCACUGGAUCCACAAAUUGGCUGGCACGGUUGAUCGCGGACGGACUCCCAUGCAGUGCCUCGUUUAAAGUCCUGUUGUUAUUUCGGACAGAUCAAAAGCCUGGGCACCUGCCGUCGGUUGCUUUUUCUCUCUUGCUUGCACCCCUUCGUCGGCUAUAGCCAUUCGUCUCCAGCUUUUAUCUCUCCGUUUCCACGCUUUUUUCGUAUUCUACACUUAAAUCAUAUAAUCAUAAUGUUGCGCCGAUUCUCCAGCACGUUCAAGAAGGGAAAGGGGGAGCGCGAACCGAAGCCAAAUGGUACUCAGACCAACGGGACGAAACGUCCGUCCAAAGUUUCGCCGGCGCCCAAUUCAUCAUCGGAUGAGAGUCACAGUGAGCCGCGGUACGAGAAGCAAGAUAAGCACGACGACGGUCUGUCUGCUUUCGAGCGAUAUGCCCAGGUUUUGCACGCUUCGCAGCGUCCUCUGCCGAACCAGAACGGCGAUGGAACCUACAUCGAACAUGAACACUCCAGCAGCAUGUUCUCGGAUUUGAGAACUCUGGGCAUCAAGGAUGUUGGUACAUUGAAGGACCUGAUCAAGAAUAAAGCCAAGGGCGAGUUUAUCGACGAUAAGACCAUGCUUAUGGAACGCAUUAUUCAGCUCGUCAGCGCUCUGCCCGGAAACUCCAAGAAUCGUGUCGAUCUCACUAAUGCCUUUUUGGACGAGCUCUGGGGCUCAUUGCCUCACCCUCCUCUCUCGUACAUGGGGAAUGAGUAUGCGUACCGCUCUGCCGACGGCUCGAACAACAAUCCCACCCUUCCGUGGUUGGGCGCUGCAAACACGCCAUACGCCCGUUCGAUCGCUCCCCUGACAAUUCAACCCGGUGGACUUCCUGAUUCAGGUCUCGUCUUCGACUGUCUUUUUGCGCGCGAGAAGUUCACCCCCCACCCGAACAAGGUUUCCAGUCUUUUCUUCGAUUGGGCCUCUCUGAUCAUCCACGAUAUCUUCCAGACAGACUACAGACAGCCCCACAUCAACAAGACCUCGGCAUACCUCGAUCUCUCCAUCCUCUACGGUGACACCAAGGACGACCAGGAUCUUGUCCGUACCUUCAAGGAUGGAAAGUUGAAGCCGGAUACGUUCUCGGAGCAGCGUCUGCAAGCGUUCCCGGCGGCCUGCAGUGUUCUCAUGGUUAUGCUGAGCCGAUUCCACAACUACGUUGUUGAAGAGCUGGCGGCCAUUAAUGAAAAUGGUCGUUUCACUAAACCUCGUCCCGGGCUUCCAGAGAAGCAGGCCCAAGAAGCGUGGACUAAGUACGAUGAGGAUUUAUUUCAGACUGGUCGACUCGUCACAUGUGGUCUGUUCAUCAACAUCACCCUGUACGAUUACCUCCGUACAAUCGUCAACUUGAACCGGAGUAACAGUACCUGGUGCCUGGAUCCCAGAGCCCAGAUGGAGGGUAGCAAGACCACCCCUUCUGGUCUAGGAAACCAGUGCUCCAUCGAGUUCAACUUGGCCUACCGCUGGCACUCUGCUAUUAGUGCCGGUGACGAGAAAUGGACUGAGCAGGUCUACGAAGAGCUCAUGGGCAAGCCUGCCGAGGAGGUUACCCUCCCCGAGCUUCUCAUGGGACUCAAGAAGUACGAAGAGACCAUUCCGAAGGACCCCAGCCAGCGUACCUUCGCUGGCUUGAAGCGCCAGGAGGAUGGGACAUUCAAAGAUGAAGAGCUCGUUCACAUUCUUAAGACUGCUAUUGAGGACGUUGCAAGCUCGUUCGGUGCCCGUAAUGUUCCCAAGGUUCUGAAGUCCGUCGAAAUCCUGGGUAUCGAACAGGGCCGUAAGUGGAACGUCGGAUCGCUCAAUGAAUUCCGCAAAUUCUUCAACUUGAAGCCCUAUGAGAAGUUUGAAGACAUCAACUCCGACCCUGAGGUCGCUGAUGCUCUGCGGCAUCUGUACGAGCACCCUGACUACGUCGAGCUGUACCCCGGUAUCGUCGCAGAGGAAGCCAAGGAGCCAAUGAUUCCUGGAGUCGGCAUUGCUCCUACUUACACAAUCUCCCGUGCGGUGUUGUCCGACGCGGUGGCUUUGGUCCGUGGAGACAGAUACUACACUAUUGACUACAACCCCCGAAACCUCACCAACUGGGGCUACAACGAGGUACGUUAUGAUCUCAACAUCAACCAGGGAUGCGUGUUCUACAAGCUGGCGACGCGUGUCUUCCCCAAUUGGUUCAAGGGAGACUCCAUCUAUGCCCAUUACCCCAUGACAAUUCCGAGUGAGAACCGGAACAUCAUGAAGAACCUCGGUCGUGAGGCCGAUUACUCUUAUGACGCACCCCGGUACACCGAACCUACUCCCUCUCUACUUUCUUAUGACAACGUCAAGUUGGCCUUGGACUACGGGAAGGACUUCCGCGUCAUUUGGGGUGGUUUGACUUCCGUUCACGCUGGCAAGGGAGGUACCGACUUCUGGAGCAAGUCUCUCGACAACGAUCAGUGGCGUACCAACAUUAAGGAUUUCUACGAAGACGCCACUCUGAAGUUGCUUGGAGAGAAAUCAUGCAACCUUGCUGGUAGGAGACAGGUGGACAUUGCUAGAGAUGUUGGAAACCUCGUUCCUGUGCACUUUGUGUCGAAGAUCUUCUCUCUGCCUCUGAAGACAAAUAGCCACCCACGUGGUGUCUACUCUGAACAUGAGAUGUUCAUGAUCAUGGCAACGCUUUAUAGCUCCAUCUUCUUCGACGUGGAUCUCAUGAAGUCCUUCUCUCUUCACCGCGCUGCUCAGGCUGUCUCGCAGGAACUGGGUCGACUCGUUGAGGGACAUGUCAAAUCCAUCAACUCCCCCAGCUUCCUUUCGGGUAUCAUUGACAGCUUCCGAGAAGAUCAUAAUGUUCUCAAGGAUUAUGGUGACCAGCUCAUCAAGCGACUUCUUGAGAGUGGCCACGGGGUAUCUGAGGUUACAUGGGGACAGAUCUUGCCGGCAGCUGUGGAGAUUGUGCAUAACCAAGCCCAAAUGUUCACUCAAAUCAUCCACUUCUACCUGACUGAGGGCAAGCAGCAUCUGGCUGCGAUCAACCAGCUGGCCAAGCAGGACACUUUGGAUGCUAACGAUAAUUUGACGCGUUACUGCCUGGAGGCGAUCCGCCUGAACGGUAACCUGGGUACCUACCGUGAGGCUCAAACCAACAUCACCCUGUCCGAUGACAAUGGCCCUGUCUACCUCAAGGAGGGCGAUAAGGUCUUUGUUGGUUCUCGCGGAGCCAACCGUGACCCGAUCGCCUUCCCCUCUCCUGAUGAGAUCCGCCUCGACCGCCCUAUUGACUCUUACAUCGACUUCGGCACAGGUCCUCAAAGCGGCUUGGGCAAGGAAGCUACCCUAAUUGCGGUGACGGCCAUGGUGCGCGUUGUAGCGCGGUUGGACAACCUCCGUCCUGCCCCUGGUGCCCAGGGAGUGUUGAAGAAGAUCCCUCAGAAGGGCGGUUACUCCGUCUAUCUUCGGGAGGACCACGGCGCUUACUCGCCUUUCCCCACUACCUACAAAGUCCACUUCGAUGGUGACGUCCCUGCUCCUCAGCGACAGGUCACUUCUGCUUGAGCCGGUUGCGGACUAUAUUGAUACUCCUAAUCUAGUUUUGCUAUUUUUGUUUGAGAUAUCCUUUUAGUUUGAAACAAUAUGUCUAAUCAAGAGUGAAUUCUUGUUACAUGAUAUUUUAAGUUGCC